CUGCUGUGCUGCGAGCCUCACCAUUGGAGGGUGAGUGAUGGAGGAAGUGCGGUUCUGCUGGAAGUUAGUUACCUUCGUUCUGAAAAGUACCAGAGCCGGAGUCUACAGAAGAUAGGAAACGUUGUUUUCAACAUAGUAAAUUAACGCUUGACGAGAAAAUAAAAACAGCUUUUUCAGUUAUUUAAGGAAUCGUACAGUUCCGCCAUGGAGUUUGGUGAAGAUUCGUCGCCUGCUCUGGCGUUCGAGAAGGAAGCGUUUGAGCUCACGGUCGAAGAUGUUUAUGACAUCUCCUACGUGAUCGGACGGGAUUUGUUGAAGAUUGGCAGCACGGGAGAGGAAGUGUCGGGUUUACAGUUCAGGAUAGUCCGAGUUCUGGAAAUGUUCGAAACUUUGGUAAACAAAUACAACUUGUCUCUGGAGGAGUUGAAAAUGGAGCGGGACAACCUGAAGAGUGAGCUGGACAGGAUCAUGAAGGACGGGACCUCCUCCGGACAGAGCAGACAACCAGCAGGACCGAAUCAGCUGGUGGUGGACCUGACCGACCCCAACAGACCGCGCUUCACCAUGCAGGAGCUGAAGGAGGUGCUGCAGGAGAGGAACCAGCUGAAGGCCCAGCUCAUGCUGGUCCAGGAGGAGCUUCAGCUGUAUAAGAGUGGGAUUCUGCCACAAGCUGAACCAGCCACAGUGGAAGUGGAUCUGAACCCGCCAGCAGCUACAGAGGACAGCCCAGCCUCAAUAAAUGAGAAGACAACCAUAGGAAAGCUGUUUUCAUUCAGACGGAAAUGAGGAAAAGUUUUCAGAAGAAUGGACGAUGUAGGAGGCAAACUGGAUUUGUCUGCACAUUUUAAACACUUUUGUAACGAUUGUUUUUGUACAUGCCUUUUUGUCAUUCUAACAAUGUUUU